UACAGUAAAUAUUUGUGUUUGCUCAACCGGCUGUAAUGGUGGACGAGUGAGGCAGACAGACGGAAUACAACUAGAGCGAAGACAGAGGAAAACGGUCAAAAGUCUGCUUCAGAGCCAGCAGCCGCAAGUAGGACACGGGCUUUGUCGAAAAUGGAUGAACUCAAACAUCAAGUCAUGAUUAACCAGUUCGUCCUGACGGCGGGUUGUGCGGCAGACCAAGCGAAGCAGCUCUUGCAAGCGGCACAUUGGCAGUUCGAGACUGCCCUCAGUGCCUUUUUUCAAGAAACAAAUAUUCCAUAUGGCCAUCAUCAUCAUCAAAUGAUGUGCACCCCAGCCAACACACCAGCAACGCCCCCCAACUUCCCAGACGCGUUGACCAUGUUCUCCAGGCUGAAAGCAUCCGAGAGUUUCAACAGCAGCAGCGGGAGCCCCAUGGCCGCCUCUAUGGCCACCUCGCCCCCUCCGCCCCAGGUUGGCGGCUGGGGGGUAUCACCAAAUGUACCUAAUGUGCCGCAACCUCCGCAAGGACUUUGGACUCAGGGGCAGCCCCCCACGCAGCCCUGUCCAGCCUGGCCCAUGGGAGUCAACCCGCACACAGGCGCCGAGCAGAAGGCUAGCGUAGCGAUGGAGGCGGAGAGAUGAAGGGCAGCAGGGGACUGUAAAAAUGCCCCCCUCCCUCUCCUUCAACCUUGGGGAGAAAGGGGGUGAGUUGGGGGGGUGAAUGUGGUAAGAGAGGAAGGGGAUAAUGAUGGAAAUUGUUUGCCCCCCCCAAGAAGAAAAAAAAAAGAAAAGAAAAAAAACAUGGAAAAAAAGGAUGAUAUGGAAAGACAGAAUCUACGCAAACCAAGAAAAACUCAUCGUGGACAAUUAAAGAAGAGGAGAAAACCAAUGCAAACAAUACAAAACAAGAAAAAAACCAACAAAAAAAAGAUACGCACACAUAGUAAUAAAAGAGCAACUGAAAUCUUUGUUAGUUUUUCUUAAAUAAAUGUAUAGAUAAAAGAAAUAUUAUUGAACUAAAAUAUAAAACAAUUGUCACGCCCAAGGAUUUUAUGUGAUGUUCAAGGACAUUCAAGGCAGCAAAUUUCACUUUUUGAGUUCUUUUUUUUUUUUUUUCUUCUUCUUUUUUUCCAUCCUUCCAGCCGGUGCUCUUUAAUCACCGGUGGUUUUGUGUUUCUGCAACAGUCUGUGCUGCAUGAGGAGAGAGAGGAACGAGCGAUGCAGUAUUUUAGGUUAACUCCCAAAAAAAUCAUCACACACUUGAGUGUGAGUGUGGACACAUCUGAGUGAGUGGUCAGUUUGUAAUCAAGCAAAUGUAUACACACACAUAUAUACAUAUAUAUAUACACACACACAUGUUAGGGUUUAGAAGAAACACCUACUGUCAUCCCCAUCGUCAAAGGUGGGAUCUUCUUUUUACCUCACCUGGUGGUCACCUGACUUCUUUCAGCCAAUCAGGGAUUCUUCUUAAACCAACUGUUGCCGCAGCCAACGCAGGACAUGUUUUUAAAGAAUUUUUUCUCUGUGUUUUUUUUAAAGGCAGCAGCCGCUCUGGUUUUUUUGCUUACUGAUCCUCGCUGUAAUGGCUUUUCCUGAAACAGUUUUAAACCAGGACUAAAACUAUCUGCUCUGUACUUCAAUUUCUUUUCUUUUUUUUUUUUUUCCUUUGGAGAUUUGGGUUAUUACAAGAAAAAUAAGAGAGAAUUGUUUCAUAUAAUAUUGUUUAUAAUGGUAAUGAUUUUUGUUAUGUUGAAAGGUUAAGGGAAGAGGAUUUGAAAGUGGGUGGGAUUUCAGGUUGAUCUUUUUUUUUUUUGUUUUGUUUUUCUUGAGAGACUGAAUCAAUUGCAACUAAAAUGGCUAUAGAUUUAAGAAAAAAGAAACACAACUACUCCAUCUUUUUAAACAGAAUUACCACUUUGCAUGAUAUGUUCAUAAUGUGUAACAUCUUUUGUAGCAAAUGUAUAAGAGGUUGAGAGGUGAUUUGGGAGGGGGUGGACUUAAAGGCGAGGGUGGGGCAUGGGGGAUGUCGUUCCCAGAGUCAAUAGAAAUGCAAUAGAUGUCUUGCCAUGAAGAUGAAAUUGGACAGUGUCUUUAAUGUUUGAAAAGUGAGGAGAAAUUGGGUGAGUCGGCUUCAGGAAGCCCACCGUGGGCGAUUUGGGGACACUACAGACUACUUUGAGACAUACAGCAUACAGUUUACGUACCCUCAGAUACUGCACCAUGAAGAGGUUCUUACAGCAUUUAUGUUUCUAGUUUCGACCAGUCGUUGGUCCAUUGAUACUGCUGAGGGAUAGUUCAGGGACAACCCUGAUAUAUGGCAAUAUUUUCAAUGCAGGGUCGGCCCCUUGAGUCUUUUUUUUCCCCCUUGUUUGGAUUACUUUUUUAACUUAAUAAAAUAAGUUGUAAGCCAAGGGUCUUUUUGUUUGUUAAUGGAUGAAAACAUGAUUAGGAAAAUCAUGAAUAUAUUAAUAAUGAAAAAAGUAACCAACUUCAUUUUUAUUGUUAUUUUAGAUUAAACUAAUGUUUGGAUUCAAUCUUUGUUUUUAUGCUUCAUACUUUAUUUGAUAAAAUUGGAGCAUUUCUGGGUGGGCCUGUUCCUAAAUGGUUUCUCACGUAUGUUUCCCCCCCUUGUAUGACUGUAUGAGACCAUUCCCACAAUAUUUGUGGACUACCUGAUAAUUAACUUAUCAUUUUUGUGAACCUAAAUAAAUAUUGUAUGUCAACCUA